CUUCAAAUAUAUAGCAGACGACGUAAAGUCACAUAACUAGACACCUAAGCAACACCGGCGCUAGCGUUUGUUUAUCUCGUUAACACGAGGGAGACGAAGUACACGCUUGGAGCGGGCAAGUCGGCACGCGAUAUUUCUUUCUCAAAAGUUUCCCGACAAAUAGUUGUUCAAAUGGAAAAAUUAGCAAAACCAAUCAUAGUUUGUCAUGCCGAACAGUCGGUGGAUUAUACGGUGUUCGACGCCAAAUGGAUACCAUGCAGUGCGAAAUUCGUCGCGUUAGGUUCGAAACCACGAAACACCGGUGCCUUACAAAUCUAUGAGCUAUCGGCUGGCAAAUUGAAUUUGGUCAAACAGCACGAGCAGCCAAAUCCUAUAAAAUGCUCGACGUUCAAAGCAUCGAGUCUCAGAGAGCGUUAUUUGGCUACGGGUGAUUUCAAGGGUCGUAUGUGCAUUUAUGACCUUGAAGACGCUUCAACGCCGGUAUACAAAGUCGAAGGACACAAACAAAUUAUCAAUGCCAUCGAUGGGGUAGGCGGCGACACCAUUGGUUGCGGCGCACCCGAAAUCUUAACGGGUUCCAGAGACGGAAGCGUGAAGGUGUGGGAUCCUCGUCAGAAGGAUCGACCGGUAGCGAUCAUGGAGCCGUUCGAGGGCGACCAACGUCGGGACUGCUGGUCCGUGGCAUUCGGAAACUCUCAUAACAACGAGGAUAGAGUUGUCGUAGCUGGCUAUGACAACGGUGACGUCAAAAUGUUUGACUUGCGCGCAAUGGCCCUCAGAUGGGAGAGCACUCUCAAGUUUGGAGUGUGUGGACUCGAGUUUGAUCGACGGGACAUUCCAAUGAAUAAGCUCGUCGCUACAACCCUUAAAUCAAGGGUAUACGUGUUUGAUCUGAGAACUCAACAUCCCAAGAAAGGCUUUUCAUAUUUAGUUGAAAAAGCUCAUUCUUCUACCGUAUGGUUAGUAAGACAUCUUCCUCAAAAUAGAGAACUUUUCAUGACUGCGGGUGGUAAUGGGUCUCUAUGUUUAUGGAAAUACGAGUAUCCUCCCAAACGUAAGGUUCAAGGAGCAGAUGGUAUCGAAGAAGGAGUAAUUGGCAGUUUAAAUUUACUGCAAAAUAAUAUUUUAUCUUCUCAACCAAUAAGUUCACUGGAUUGGUCUACAGAUAAAACUGGCUUAGGUCUCAUCACAUCAUUUGAUCAGACAAUACGUGUAAUAUUGACCACAAAACUCAAUUUAUAUUAAGUAUUUUUAUGACUCAACGCAAGUGCUUUAAGAAAAGAAUAUUGAGACCUGUUGAUAAAAUAACUUUUAGUCAUUAGUAGUUUUAAGUAAUUACCUAAGUCACAGAGAUUUGUUUUUAAGACUUUUGAUAUAUGGCAUGAGUCAGUAAUAUUAGUUUUUGUUUACUAAUUUUACAAUUUUAGUAUUUUAAAAGCAAUGUCAGUAAAUUUUUCUGAGUUACUAAGAUGUAUUUUUGUAGAAAAUAAAUCUAAUUCACACUAAAGACA